UUGGCGAUGGAGCUAGUGUACAACAAAAGCAGCAGAGGUCCCAUAGGUGAAGACUGACCACCUCCAGAGAACCCAUACAUAGGCAAACCCGAGCAGCCGCCAACAUGAGUCACAGCCCUGAGAGGAUUUCGUCCUACCGACGCCACUUUGAGGACAUCAGCAGCUCAUCCUCCUACCAGGUUAGGGUGUCCAGCCCAUCCCCAACCCUGAGAGUUAACCGCCACAAGUCAGCCAACUACUCGCCCAGUGCCGGAGCCAGCAGAAUGCAGGCCCAGACCAUGGGCAGAAGGACCGUCUCCACCUCACGUAACGCCCGCAUGGCUGGCGGGAAUGUGGGAACCAUGGCAUGUGUGGGCUAUGGCAACGGGGCCCCGGUGGACCUGGACGCAUCUGCUGCCGAGAACAAAGAAUUCCUCAGCACGCGCAGUGGUGAACGGCAGGAGAUGGUCGUAUUGAACGACAGACUUGCUGUUUACAUUGAGAAGGUUCGGUCCCUGGAGCAGCAGAACAAGCUGUUGGAGAUGGAGAUUGACGGCAUCCAGAACCGGUUCGUGAAGCCGUCGGGCCUGCGCAAACUCUAUGAAGAUCAGCUGAGAGAUCUGAAGAGGAUUGCAGAUCAGAUGAGAAGGCAGCGGGACCAAGCUUUAGCCGGUAAAGAGGCCAUGGCAGGUCAACUGGAGAUAACCAAAGUCAAAUACGAGGAGGCAGUUGAGCUGAGAAGGCGGGUCGAGAUGGAGAUAGAAGCAUUCCGUCCGGAUGUGGACCGAGCCACCUCUCAGCGCAUCGCCCUGGAGAAACAGCUCGAGCAGUUGGAGGUGGAGAUUGAAUUCCUUCAGAGGGUGCACAAAGCGGAAAUUGAAGAGCUACUGAAAAUGAUAUAUGCUGCCCAUUCCUCAGCCCAGAGCGCUUAUGACCUCCCCGACCUCUCAGGCGCUCUCAAACAAAUCCAAGCUCAGUAUGACGAAAUUGCGGCAAAAAAUCUACAGGAAAUGGAUUCCUGGUAUAAAAGUAAAUUUGAAGACCUGAACAACAAGACGACAAAACAUGUGGAUAUGGUUCGAAGUGUCAGGGAAGAAGUUUCUGGCGCCAAGAAGGAUAUCCUAAACAAAGAGCGUGGCCUGGAAGCUCUGAAGACCAAGAAUGAGGCUCUGGAGGCACAAGUUCGUGAAGCACAGGAAAAGUACAAGAGAGAGCUGGAGGAUCUUCAGGCAAGAAUUGAGGCCCUGAAGGAGGAGCUGAAAUCCACCAAGUCGAAAAUCGCUCUGCACCUGCGUGAAUACCAGGACCUUCUGAACAUGAAGAUGGCUCUGGAGAUUGAGAUCACAACUUACAGGAAGCUGAUUGAGGGUGAGAACUUGCGACUCACAACCAUGGUUGGGACCAUGUCCAUAAUGAGUAGCAGCUCAGGCUCCAUGAGCGCUGGGAUGAGUGUGGGCAUGGCUAGAGGCAUUGGACCUGGAGGCAGUGGUGGAGGAAUGGGUGGAGCUGGAGGCUUAGGUGGAGGGAUGGGUGCAGGAGGCAUGGGUGCAGGAGGCCAUGGCCCUGGAGGCAGGGUUGGAGCUGGAAUCAUGGGUGGUGGAGGAAUGGGAGCUGGAGGAAUUGGAGCCAAAGGCGUGGGUGCUGGAGGCGUGGGUGCUAGAGGCCUAGGAGCUGGAAGCACAGGUGCUGGAGGAAUGGGUGGAGGCAUGGAUGGUGGAGGAAUUGGUGCUAUAGGCAAUGGUGCUAAAGGCAUGGGUGCUGGAGCCAUGGGUCCUGGAGGCAAUGGAGGAGGCAUGGGAAAUGGUGCAGGUGAAUAUGGGUACGGCACCUCCAUGGAGUACUCCCACGAGGAGCAGGCAGUGGAGAUGACGGAGAGGAGGACGGUGCUCAUCAGAACAGUUAAAUCAGAGGAUGAGACACUGGAAAGCGACACAACGGAGCAAACCUACAUAAUCUCUGGCGCUGCCGAUGACUCGGACGAGGAAUAGGCGUGAAUGACCAUGUAACCUUCUCUCACCCCUUAACCCCUCACGCCCCUGGAGCUUUGCACUGACGGCUCAUGUCUGGUCUCUGACCUUUGACCAAGACAUGAGACCAUGAAUGACCCUGCAACCUAGUCAAGUAGUACCCUUUUGGCUCUUGUGAUGUGCCUUUGAACCACAUAUUCAGAACCUCUGUGUGCAUUACACAGCUACUCAACAAGCAGCAAAUAAAGCUCUCAGCAAUCAA